UCCUUACCCAAAAGCCAGAGCCAUCAACAUUUGUCACUCCGGAGACGAGUACGUGCCUUCUCGUGGCUAAGUUGGCAGUACCCUUCGUGGCUCUUUUGCAGUUUCUCAGUAAAGACACUUGUGAAAUCCUUGUUACAUGCAAAAAAUACACACUUCUUCUCCGACUAUAUCCCAUCUUCCAUCUUUCAUCUAAAACAAAAAGCUCAAGCUAGUAGCCUUAGCUCAAACCUGCUAUUGCAAAAAUGGCUCAAAUACUAGAUAAGGAUGGCAACCGAAUUCAGCUCACCGACGAAGAUGGCAACCCGGUCCGAUUAACUGAUGAAUAUGGGAAUCCCGUUCAACUUAAAGGUGUGGCUGUCGAGCCCGAAACGCUAGCUGCAACAACGGAGAAGGAGAUUACCACAGGUGGUGGUGGUGGUGCUGCAGGUGAGCAUGAUGAUCAGCAGGAGCAGGAGCAGGAGCAGGAGCAGGAGCAUGAGGAGGUUUCUCGCUCCAGUAGCUCCAGCUCUGGCUCGUACGAGGAUGACGGAUCACAAGGUCAAGGUGGGGAGGGUGAGAGUGGAGAAGGUAGAAGAAGGAAGAAGAAGGGAUUAAAGGAGAAAAUAAAGGAAAAGCUAACCAGUGGAAAGCACAAGGACGAGCACUCGCACUCCAACACCACAGAGAUUUCUAGUACAACCACAACCACUGGAUCCGAACACCAGGAACAUGAGCAGAAAAGUAUGAUGGAGAAGAUCAAGGACAAGUUAUCUGGGCAUCAUAUCAGUUAAGAACGUUGUAAAAUGUGCAUGUAUGUGUUGUCUGCAAUAGUUUGUGUUUCUUGUCGAGAUGUGCAAGCAAUAUGUAGAUCAUGUAUAUAUGUUCUGCAGGGGAGUCUGUCGUUGAGUUGUGUUCAUAAUUUUGCAGGGAAGAUUGUGUAACGCAAUUCGACAUGUGAUAAUUUUAUUUAUAAAGUUUAUUUCACUUUGUAGUUA